AUGGAACUAUUAACCAACAUUGCUACUUGUUUUUUACUUAUUUCUCUUACGUUUGCACCUUGUGCUUCUGAUCAAUUACAGGUGAAGAAAUCUCUUGAAAAAGCUCAUGAUACAGCUCAACUUAACCUUCUUGCUUCUCUGAGGAAGCUCCAACUCAAUGAAGAGAGAAUUGUGAAAAGUGUUGAAGAGAGAUAUUUUGGGUCAUACAAGAGGAAUAUGGAAGGUUCAUCAGGUACACCAGGUAACAAAUUACAUCAAAAAGAGAAAAAUCUGAUGCAUCCCAAGAAAUGGACUGAUCAUCAAAGAGCGAAGAAAUCAGAAUAUGUUACCAUGAAUUAUAGUUGGGUUAGACAACGUCGUCCGAUACACAACAAGCAUGUCCCAGUUAGUCCAUGA